GCCCGAGCGCGCUGCAUUUGCCGUACCGAUGAGACUUGUGGCGCGUCUAAGCAAAACUGGUUCUUGACUUAGUGUCGAUUAAACUGAUCGCGCGAGCAGUCAUGUGCGCUUCUAGCUCGCGUUUGCUUCCCCGUCGUGAGAAUGCCAUCCGUGUUUGAUUUAUUGGCGCGUAUUGGCGGUGUGGGCAGUGAAUGCAAUUAUUUUUUACGUCACCCUUAAAUCAUAUCAGUGAGUGCUUUCUCCUUCAAUUCAAUUGAUUGCAAAAUAUGACCGCCGGUUCUAAGUCGGAAGAACAAGUUUGUAGAAAAUCGAAUCGACGAGUUGCGCAUCGCCUCGUGUGAUACAGGGUUCGAUCGGUGCUAGUCGAAUGUACGGUGGUCAUUUCGGUUUUGUCGUUCGUGACCAUGGCAUCGAUUGGGAGUUGGUGGCGCGUGGUGCAAAACGAAAAGGACCGUUCGAGUGGGCUUGAGAGUGAUUUUGAAUAUCGCGAACGAUGGAUCACAAUACGAUUGGUGUAUGUGAGCGGCUUUUUAAUGUUUCUAUCGUUUGGCGUGGUGACGACUGGGCUAUGGCCAUACCUGCAAGACAUGGAUCCCACGGUUGGCAAGCCGUUUCUGAGUGUCGUAUUUGCCGCUCCACCUGCCGGUCAGUUGAUCUUUAGUCCACUUAUCGGCUGGUGCUCGAAUAGAUUAUCAUCAAUCCGCGUUCCGUUCGUGAUACUGACAGCUUUGUUUGUGUUUGGCAAUGGGCUGUACAGCGUCGUGGAGCUGUUCCCCACACCGCACCGAAGGUACGUCCUACUGUUGGCAAGGUUUGUCUUUGGCAUAUCGACGUCAAUCAAUACGCUUAGCCGAGCGUACAUAUCGACGGCCACUAAGCUGUCCGAGCGAACCGGUGCCAUAUCGAUGAGCUCGUUGGCUCAAACGUUCGGGCUAGCAGUGGGGCCCAUCAUUCAAGCGGCCCUAUCAACCAUUGGCAAGGAAGGAUUAAUGUGGUACGGGCUGCGGAUUAACAUGUACACGAUGGCGGGGUGGAUUUGUGCGGCCCUUGGCGUGGUGUACAUACUGUUUCUGAAUCCUUCCUGCUUCGUGCAUCGUACUAUCGCCGCCCAGGAAGCGAUGAAAACGACCGGAUUCAGCAAAGCGACGGAUACGUACGAACCGUUGAAAAUGUUCUCGAUCUGGACGGUCAUGAUCGGUUACAGCGUGUUGAUGUUUUUCUACGUGUCUGUUCAAACCGCCCUUUCGCCGAUAUCGCUCGAUCAGUUCGGCUGGAGCCACGAGGAAUCUCUGUAUUACCUGGGCAUCUUAAUUACGGGCGGCACUUUGUGCUCUUGUGCCGUGUUUCUGCUGUUGCCUCAGUUAUGUAAACGGUUUCAGGAGCACAAUGUGUUUCUAUUUUUCGCUAUUGUACCGCUGUUUAUCAGUCAAGUGGUAAUGAUACCGAUGGGUAGCAAAUCAAUUCCAAUGUUAGAUUCGUCGAAUAAUAGAAGUACGGGCGUUGGUGGUGGCGGUGGCUGUCCAAUCGAACAGGAAUGGUGUAAUUCUAUUCCUCCCAUUAAUCAAUACCAAUUAACUAUCUCAUACACGAUGCUGUGUAUUUCGUUCUCGGUUGGAAUAGCCAUUAGUCAAACGAUUCUUUCGAAACUGCUCGGCACCCGACCGCAGGGCAACUGGAUGGCGCUGUACACGAGCAUUGGCGGACUAACGCGCAUCAUAGGACCGGCCUCGGUAGUGGUGUACGUGCGUUUCGGAACUUAUUGGCUGUUUGGUUUGGGUGCGAUGAUAUCGGGGCUGCUAUUGAUUUGGAUGUGGUGCUACAAAGGUCAUCUGCGAACGACUAAAAAGAUUCACCACGCGGAAGAAAUGCAGCGCAUGGCCAAUGGAGUAGCGGAAUGAUACGGAGAACCAGUCAGAACAAGAAGGGAUGCGUUAAUACAAUUGCGAUAUUUAUUAGAAAAUCGAUACUCGGCACCGGUAUUAAUCACCGGUC